UCUAUCCAAGCUGGAAUGACCAACAAUGCCCGAGGUAAAUCAGGAUGUUCAAACUGCACAGAAACAGAGAUUAUUGAAUCACUUGGGAUUAUUAUUUAUAAAGCGCUGGACUAUGGCUUGAACGAGAAUGAAGAGCGAGAACUAAGUCCUCCUUUGGAGCAGCUUAUUGAUCACAUGACCAAUACUGUGGAGGUAGAUGGCAGUAAAGAUGAAGGCUAUGAGGCUCUGGAUGAAGGCGUGGAGGAAGAUGAAGAUAAAAAAGAGGAAGUUGAGGUCAUUCACUCCUAUAAAGAUGUCAUGAAAUUAUGUGCUGCCCAUCUAACAACCCGAUCAGAGGCGCCAAACCACUAUCAGGCAGUAUGUCGGGCACUAUUUGCUGAAACAAUGGAGUUGUACACAUUCCUGGCCAAAAUUAAAAGUGCAAAAGAGAGUCUGAAGAAGAUUCAGGAAAUGGACAAAGUAGCAGGUAAUGAAUCCAGCACAGACCUUGAUGAGCUGAAAAAUGCUGAUUGGGCCUGCUUUUGGGUACAGGUGAUGCGAGAUUUGCGAAAUGGUGUUAAACUUAAGAAGGUUCAAGAUCGUCAGUAUAACCCGCUUCCAAUAGAAUAUCAGCUCACACCCUAUGAAAUGCUAAUGGAUGACAUUAGAUCCAAACGCUACACCUUAAGGAAGGUUAUGGUCAAUGGGGAUAUUCCACCUCGAUUAAAAAAGAGUGCUCAUGAAAUAAUCCUGGAUUUCAUCCGAUCACGACCUCCCUUAAAUCCUGCCUCUGCAAGAAAACUGAAACCAACCCCACCACGGCCACGCAGUCUCCAUGAAAGGAUCCUGGACGAAAUCAAGGCAGAAAGAAAGCUGCGCCCUGUCUCACCAGAUGAGAUCAGGCGUAGCCGGCUAGAUGUAUCCACACCAAAGGCCUCAAGAAAAUUAGCAGACAGCUCUGUAGUGAAUGGUAGCUUGGCGCCAGGCUCAAAGAUGAAUGGUGUCAGCAGUACCCAGGUGACAGUGCAGCGAAAGAGACUCCUUAAAGCCCCUACAUUGGCUGAACUGGACAGCUCAGAUUCAGAGGAGGAGUCUAUGCACAGAUCAGCAAGCAACACCAGUGUGUCUCUUUCCCAAAUGGAAGACAGUUUUCAAGAAGCGAACUCUGGUAGAAAGAUGCCUCCGAAGUUUUUGCCAAUAUCAUCCACGCCACAGCCAGAGAGGCGGCAACCACCGCAAAGACGACACUCCAUUGAAAAGGAGACACCGACCAAUGUGAGACAAUUCCUACCACCUUCAAAACAGAGCUCCAGGUCACUUGAGGAAUUUUGUUACCCAGUGGAAUGCCUGGCUCUGACAGUAGAGGAAGUCAUGCACAUUCGUCAGGUGCUGGUGAAGGCAGAGCUGGAAAAGUACCAACAGUAUAAAGAUGUCUACACUGCCCUCAAAAAAGGAAAGCUCUGUUUUUGUUGUCGAACAAGGCGGUUUUCUUUCUUCACCUGGUCCUACACUUGUCAGUUCUGUAAGAGGCCUGUAUGUUCACAGUGUUGCAAAAAGAUGCGGUUGCCAUCAAAGCCAUACUCUACCCUUCCUAUCUUCUCUCUGGGACCUUCUGCUUUGCAGAGAGGAGAAAGUUUUAUGAGACCAGAAGAACCUUCCACCAGCCAUCACCGUCCACUUAAGAGCAUGUCCAGAUUAUCCUCAAAAUCCAAGUCUGUGGAUAAAUCAAAUGAAGACCUACAAUUUCCCAAAGAGUUAAUGGAGGACUGGAGCACCAUGGAGGUGUGUGUGGACUGCAAAAAAUUUAUUUCCGAAAUCAUCAGCUCAAGCCGGCGCAGCCUCUCUCUGGCCAACAAACGAGCCAGGUUAAAAAGGAAAACACAGUCAUUCUACAUGUCAUCACCAGGCACCUCUGAAUACAGCCCUUCUGAGAGAACUAUCAAUGAGAUCUGAGUCUUGUGCCUUUUUCUAUGCUUUUGUCUUCAUGAGAUCAGCAUCCGUGAGAGAGAUCACUGAAACUUUCCUUCCAUUCAUUUUACUUAAGCUCGAAUUUGCAUUAGAUCACAGGGGUUGCUACUCUAUGGUUUCCACAGACACUCUGUUCCUAUUUAUAGCUAAUGAUAUGUGACAGGUCAGCCAAAAACGCAUUUGCACAGGAAGGAAAAAAUAAUUUGAUACUCUUGCCUUUGUGUUUGUGUGUGGCUUGUGGAGCUAGAAAGCCUUUAUUUGCAUUCAGCUUUUUAUCAUUCCAUGAACUGUUUUUCAGGACAGGAGCUGAAUUGUAUUCCUAAAGGAGAAUCAAAUUUAGCGCGGGGGCCAAUGUUAGCACUGUUGUAAGUAGUAAGUCAUAUUGGCAUUACCAACCUAGUAGUGUUCAUGUUCUAGUUUAUAUGACACAUGGAGCAAUGUAGUUCACAAAAUACCUAAUGUGGGCUGUUGGUCUUGUCAUCUCACAGCACAAGACCUAGAAGGUUUUGCUAGUGCUACGAGCACUCUCUUUCUUUCAACGGUUGUUACUGCUCUGAGAUCAUGGUCCAAUGUGGAACUUCAUAGUGUCCUGUCUUCUAGUGCAAAAUAUCUGAAUAGUCUGUAGGUCCACAUGUGGGGCCAUUCCCCUGACCUGCUGUACUUCUAUGCCCCAGUGUAAUUAUAAGUGUCUCCUGUGUAGGUAAGAGUAGUUUAUUCCUUAUCUUGAAUGUAUUAUGAUUAUUAUAUUUGGUAGUUGUAGUCUUAGUGGUAGGAGGAACUGUACACUCGAUGGGGAGGGGAGGAUGUAAGGAAGGCUUCUUAAGUUCAACUGAAUUCCUGUAAAGUAUGUAACAUAGUUACCCAGAGAGAAAGGUGGGUAAUAUGUAUAUAUUUGUAUUAUAGUGGAACACACAAGCACUGCUAUAAUUAAAGUUUGGGAGCACAUUCGUUAUAAAUCCCAUUUUUUCAGGGGUUUAUAAUUUGACUGUAAAAUUUGGAAUCCUGUUGAAAUUUGGGACCAUGAAGUCCCAUAUUACGAGCACUUUGUUUUGUUUUUUAACAAAUGUGUGUGGGGGAAAAGUGUGUCUGUUAAAAGUUCCAAUAAUGCUACAAUAUUAACAAACAUCACAUGCUUUUUGCUCUUUUUUUUAUAUUCAAAAUGUUUUGUUUUUAAAGCAAUAAUCAGAGUUUUUAAACAUAUUCAGAGUUUAAUCCAUAAUAUGGAGAGAGGUCAUUUUGGUAUUUAAAAAUAAGCUAACACGACAAAGUUAUUAAUACUUGAAAAUCAGCGUACACAGUAACUUGUUCAUAAUGUUUUUCAUACCCAGAUCCAUAUUUAAUAUCGAUACAGUGGUGUAUUAUAGAAUAUCAUACUAUGAAAGAUUCAGAUUUAUUUAUUAACAUUUCUGUACUAGAGAUUCAUGAGAGAUACCUCAGAACUGCUCCAAACUAGCUGGGACAGGGUUUUCAUAAUACAAGUAAGAUUGAUCUGUUUUCAAGCUCUAAAUACAUAUUUAUAAAUGCUAAUCUCUUAAACCAAAUAUUAUGCAUUUUAAGUCCCUAGGAGCUCAAUUCUCAACCUGCUGCCAGGGUUCUGAGUUGGUGAUCAGAGUAUGGCUUCCAUAUUCAACUGAGCAACAUUAGAGCCACUCUGCUACUGCUGCUGCACCAUCCCUGGUGUGUGGGAGGGCAGUAGACACCUUUCCAGGCUUCCCUAACCAGAUCCCUGCCUUUCAUGCAGUGGAGCUACUCCAGUUUCACAGAAGGCUGGGCUCUGUGCUGCCCAGCUAUGCAGGAUUUUCCCUUCAAAGCAUAGUUGCAUGUUAAACUGUAAUGACUCCAAAGCAGCUAGUCUAGUAUUAGGUAAACAUGGUCUGGUCUGUACUAGACCAGGAAGGUCGGCUUAAGGUACUCAACUCCAGCUACGCAAAAUGCAUAGCUGGAGUCGGCUUAAUUUAAGCUGAGCCAUGACAGCAUGCCUACAGGAGCAAACACUUCCCUCAUCUUCCCUUACUUCUCUUUUUGUGAGGACACAACCAUCCUCAUGUUCUUUUAAUCAUAUGUUCAUAAACAGUUUAUGCACACAGCAUGUAUCCAUCCAGUGAUAAUGUUAAGGGUUUGACUGAAAUGGUGAUCACAGGAAAUUCAGAAAUCUGUGAGUUUCCAUGCUUAACCUUUCCCUUUCUGCAGAGGGUCAUAAAGCUGUUAUACCCUCCAUCUAGUAACCUCGGGAUGAUAGUUUUUUCAUGUUAGAGGAAUUACAAUAUGUUGAUGUGUUAAGGACUUGGGACAGUGGGGGUAGCACAGAGCACUUCAUAUGAAAUGGGAAAUGAAAGAGCCCCUAAUAAUCAUAUGAUAGAUAUGGUAGCACUUUUUUUGCCUUUUUCUGUGCCAAAAUUAAUUCCUGCAGCCCAACUCCACCCCUUUUUCCCUUGAUAUAUUGUGUAGUAUUCAAACCAGAAGGCCAAUUCCUACGGAAGCACAUGGGAAUUUUAUUUUAAACUCCCAUUCUGUUUGCAGUUUUUCUUGGGAAAACAUUCUCUAUUCACCCAAUACAUCAUCUAUUUAUUGCUUUUCUCCAUGGCACCUUGGAAAAAGUUGCAGGACCAAGCAGGAUAUAUGUUCCAUAAUGUCAUUGAGGCUCUCACAGGUCCAGAGUAUCCCGCAUGUUUUCUCGAUGUUGUGAGUGGAUUGUGGCAGAUGCCAUGGCCUCAUAAUGCCGCAUGUCCAGUGUAUGGAUAGUGAAUCGGACUCCUUCUCUCCAGAUCCUGGACCAUCCAUGAAGGCCUAUUUUUCUGUGCAACAUCCCUGCUACCCUCUGGCAAUCUGGCUCCUUUGCUGAGAUCUUCUCUCCCAUAUCACUGCAUCCUCAUAGGGGGCUUGAUGCUGUAGAGGAGUGCUGACGCUUACUAAAUUGUGGUGUUUGUGUUACUGUAGCGCCUAGGAGUCCUAAUCAUAGGCCCAUGACCCUGUUGUGCUAGGCACUGUACAAACAUGGAACAAGAAAUGAUCCGGUGAAGUACUGAAUGGCCACUUACAGUCCACCAGUGUGCGAGGCCAGCAUGGUGCAAAGGCUGGCUGCUUCCAGUCCUAACCCUGCCUGCCUGACUUAGCCCCUCCAUAUUAGCACACAGAGGCUCCUACAGGCACCUCAAAAGGAGAAUUCUGCAGCUGAGCUGCCAUUCUCCUGAGUUUUUUCCAUGCUGGUUGAUCCCAUUGGUAUUAGGGAGAAUAGGGCCUUGUACAAUGGGCUGGUCUUUAAUUUGGCAGAGGAAACAAAGAAAUGCUAUUCUAUUUCUGUUUCGCAUGCAAAGGCGAAAGCAGCUCAGUCCACUCUUUGCUUGGAUCAGGGAGAAUUGGACUGUUUUGAGCUUUCCACUUCACUGUUUGUGCUAGUGUCCCAAACCCAUUCCAAAUGUCAAGGGCCAAUCCACUUUGCCUGCAUACCUCUUGAAGCUACCCACAGGUCUUAUGUAUGGCUUACGUUUCAUCUCCAUGUCAGAAUAGAAAAACUAAAGCUUGUAAAUAUUUGUAAUAUAUUUAUUAAUGUUUAGAAAGCUGACAAGCAUUGAGCAAUGGGAAUUGACUUUCCCAUGAAGAUUUUAAAAGAAAGCGAGUCUUAUUUAUAUGUAUAUUUACUAUUGGCUGCUUAGAUUUAAAGUUGAGCCUCUCAAGUUGAAACUCCCUAGACCUUUUAAAAUGAAUUUCUGUUAAAAAGAAUGUGGGAAUAGCACAGUGAGCUCAUUUCCAUGAGUUUUUAAAAUCUUAUCUCUUUUCUGCAUUUAAGAAACCGGGGAUUUGUUUAAGUGCAUCAGAGGGAACCCAAAGGGGAUUUAAAAAAUGCUGCUGACAAUGCAAUGGUCUUGUAUUUUAUACAUGAAAAACAGGUCUUAAGAAUUCAAAGCCAGCUCAGCCUUGAUAACAGCUGAAGGUAGAAAACAGGCAUUGUUGCUGCUGCUGUUAUAUGUGUAAAACAAAUUAUUUCAACAUUCAUGGUGACAAUACUGCUUUUGCAUUUUUUUUUCAUUAAUUUCUUUAUUGAGAAAACAUGCCAGGGGACAAUAAAAUGCCUUUGCAGCCUA